AGACUUUAGAGAGAGGAGAGAGAGAGAGAGAGAGUGCUUGUCGGUCUGUUGCGAGGACGACUCCGAUUGCACAAAAUCAAAAACUUGGCGUCUCAAACGCUUUCCUAAUCCAAAUACUCUUGACUACUUGUCCUGCUAUAGAUUACUACGCUUCCUUCCAUAUAACCAAUCGAAUGUGACCUCUCCUUCUUCGCCAACUACUCUCACUGCCGUUCUUCUCUAUGCCUCUCUCUCUCUCUCUCUCAUUUUCAUCAUCUAGAUUAACAUCUCCUACAGCCUUUUUCAUCGCCAUAUAAUCAAAAUCACUUUUUUCCAUCUGGGUUUUCGAUUUUAGCUUCUGGGUUUUCUUUUGUUUUCUUGUUCUUGUUCUUCUUCCAUUGGCAGUUUGCAUAUAUACAUAUAUAUUUCUUUGUGUGUGUGUGUGUGUCUCUCUCUCUCAUGGCUGCAGCCUCGUCUGUCACAUCUCCGCUGUGCACGUGGCUUGUGGCUGCUUGCAUGUCGGUCACGUGCGGAGGGGACCAAUCCACGUGCACUUCCAUGUUGGGCUCCUCCACGUACAGCCGCAACAAGCGACUCUUUGGCAGCAAAUGGGGUCGGAGGAAGAGGGUGUUCUUGUCCAAAUGUAGCUCCGAAUUGCAGAGCCAGAGGGACUUGAUUUCCUCUCUCUGUGGAUCCAGCUUUCAGGGCCUCAUGACUUCUUGCCUCGCUUUCGAGCCUUGCAAUCAGUACUAUGCCUCCAACGCUUCCUUUUCCUCUCUUUUCGGAUCCAGCAAUGUUCGUGUCCCUUCAAAUCGGAGACACACCCGUUUCAAUCGAGCCGUCCGUUCAGGGGAAGCCAUGGCUGUUGCUGUGCAACCUUCCAAAGAAGUUGCAACAAAAAAGAAACCAGUCACAAAGCAAAGGCGAGUAGUUGUGACAGGGAUGGGUGUGGUGACCCCACUUGGUCAUGAUCCAGAUGUCUUCUACAAUAAUUUGCUUGAGGGUGUCAGUGGCGUAAGUGAGAUAGAGGCUUUUGAUUGUGCCCAAUUUCCAACGAGAAUUGCUGGAGAGAUCAAGUCUUUUUCAACUGAUGGAUGGGUUGCACCAAAACUUUCCAAGAGGAUGGACAAAUUUAUGCUUUACAUGCUUACUGCUGGGAAAAAAGCCUUGGCAGAUGGUGGAAUUACAGAAGAUGUAAUGAAUGAAUUAGAUAAAGCGAGAUGUGGAGUUUUGAUUGGCUCAGCAAUGGGUGGCAUGAAGGUUUUUAAUGAUGCGAUUGAAGCCUUAAGGAUCUCAUACAAGAAGAUGAAUCCUUUCUGCGUACCAUUUGCAACUACAAAUAUGGGUUCUGCCAUGCUUGCAAUGGAUCUGGGAUGGAUGGGGCCAAACUAUUCUAUCUCUACUGCUUGUGCUACAAGCAAUUUUUGCAUAAUGAAUGCAGCAAACCAUAUCAUUAGAGGUGAAGCUGAUGUGAUGCUUUCUGGUGGCUCAGAUGCAGCCAUUAUACCUAUUGGCUUGGGAGGUUUUGUGGCAUGCAGAGCACUUUCCCAGAGGAACAGUGAUCCUACAAAAGCAUCACGUCCUUGGGACAGUAAUCGUGAUGGAUUUGUUAUGGGUGAAGGAGCCGGAGUUUUGCUUUUAGAAGAAUUAGAGCAUGCUAAGAGAAGAGGUGCAAAUAUCUAUGCAGAAUUUCUUGGUGGAAGCUUCACUUGUGAUGCUUAUCACAUGACUGAACCACAUCCUGAUGGUGCUGGCGUUCUCCUUUGUGUAGAAAAGGCAUUAGCUCAGUCUGGGGUAUCUAGGGAAGAUGUGAAUUACAUAAAUGCACAUGCUACAUCCACGCCAGCUGGAGACCUAAAAGAGUAUCAAGCACUUCUUCAAUGUUUUGGCCAGAAUCCUGAGUUAAGAGUGAAUUCUACAAAAUCUAUGAUUGGUCACCUAUUAGGAGCAGCUGGUGCGGUGGAAGCUGUUGCAGCGAUACAGGCAAUACGAACUGGGUGGGUUCAUCCUAAUGUCAACUUGGAAAACCCAGAUGAAGGGGUGGACAAAAAUGUGCUGGUGGGCCCAAAGAAAGAGAGACUGAACGUUAAGGCAGCGUUGUCUAAUUCAUUUGGGUUUGGUGGUCACAAUUCAUCAAUCAUAUUUGCUCCUUACAAGUGAAAGACCUGGCAGGCUACUCCAACCUUGCUGUAAUGCUGAAGGUUUGCUGUUAGUAUUGAUGGGCUAGCAACAUCUUGGAGUUGGUGAAUAGUCAUGAAAUGUUCCUGUGUACCAAUCGUCAAUUUGUUUAGUUGCAUGGCCUCAUGCAAUAGAAUUACUUUGGGACGGCUGGUCAGGAAAGAAGAUGGAUGGCCCUGGAUUGAGAUAGAGAAAGCUUCAAAAUUAACGUGUUGGUUAUCAUGAAAUAAUCUUGCUUCCAUUGUUGUUAUAAGUUUUUCCUUCUAUCAUAAACAAAGCUAUAAGUAGGGCUUGAUAUACUUGAUACUUGCCAUUGAAAUUUGAACCACCGCUACAUGGCAGUAUUGGCCUGUUUAAGUUUUGUUUUCAUGUACAUUUAGAUGGCUGCUCUAAUUGUAUUGAUAGCCAUUUGUAAUGAAUUUUGAGCUGACAGUUGCAUAGAUGUUAUUAUAUGUGAUGUUCUAUGUGCUUGCUAGUA